AUGUCGAGUGUGGUCCACGUUAUUGAUGUCAACUCGGGGAACUUACAAUCCUUGUCAAAUGCUAUAGCGUUUUUGGGUUUCCAAGUCCGUUUCAUUACCAACGGUAACGAUCCAGCUUUACAGACUUGUGAAAAAUUGAUCCUUCCUGGAGUCGGAAAUUUUGGUCACUUUGUGAAAGAGCUUCACGCGAGAGAGUUUAUUGAGCCUUUGAGAAAAUACAUCAAUUCAGGAAGACCAAUAAUGGGAAUAUGUGUUGGCUUGCAAGCCCUUUUUGAAGGCAGUGAGGAAAGUCAGGGCAUACGAGGCUUGUCAAUCUUACCUGGUGACUUAAAAAAGUUCAAUACAUCCAAAAAAAGUGUACCUCAGAUUGGCUGGAACUCAAUUUCUUUAAGACUCCCAUCCUCCUCGGAUGCCAACUCGUUGUAUGGAAUCAGCGAGGACAAAUUUUACUAUUUUGUUCACUCAUAUGCUGCCAUACGCACACAGGAACAAAUAGAUUCACUUGCUAAUGAGGGAUGGAGUUUGGCUCUUUGCACAUACUUCGACGAAACUUUCGUUGCAGCUGUAUCCAAGGACAACAUUUUUGCAACACAGUUUCAUCCUGAAAAAUCGGGCCUCGCUGGUUUGAAGGUCAUCCAAUCAUUCUUGAACGGUAACAGAUACUUCACGGUGAAGUUAGAAAAACCAGAUUUAUCCAAAAUAGAAAAAACUGAAACUGGUCUUACUAGAAGGAUAGUUGCUUGCUUGGAUGUCCGUACAAACGACCAAGGUGAUUUGGUUGUCACAAAAGGUGAUCAAUAUGAUGUCCGUGAAAAAUCAGAUGCGGGAAAUGUCAGAAACUUGGGUAAACCUGUCGAAAUGGCAGAAAGAUACUAUAGUCAAGGUGCUGAUGAAGUUACUUUUCUAAAUAUUACUUCUUUCAGAAACUCUCCAAUCAAGGAUCUGCCAAUGUUAGAAGUUUUAAGAUUGGCUGCUAAAACUUGUUUUGUUCCUUUAACGGUUGGUGGUGGUAUCAGAGAUGUUGUUGACCCAGACGGAACGGAACACUCUGCAUUAGAAGUUGCUUCCAUGUAUUUUCAUGCAGGAGCAGAUAAAGUUUCUAUUGGUUCUGAUGCCGUUCGUGCAGCUGAAGAGUACUAUGCCAACAACAAUCAAGGAUUGGGUACAUCUCCUAUUGAAACCAUUUCAGAAGCUUAUGGUGCUCAAGCUGUUGUCAUAUCUGUUGAUCCAAAGAGAAAGUAUAUUUCUGAUCCCAAAGAAUGUAAAUACAAAACCAUUAAAACAAGCGUUCCAGGUCCAAGUGGCGAACAAUAUUGUUAUUACCAGGUUACAUCUCAAGGUGGACGGAAAGUCCAUGAACUUGGAGCAGUAGAGCUUGCUUUUGCGUGUGAAAAAUUGGGUGCAGGUGAAGUCCUUCUCAAUUGCAUUGACAAAGAUGGAUCCAACAGCGGCUACGAUUUUGAAUUGAUUAAUAUGGUGAAAAACGCAGUUACCAUUCCAGUCAUUGCAUCGUCAGGUGCCGGUAACCCUCAACAUUUUGUCGAUGUUUUCCAAAACACAAAGACAGACGCUGCAUUGGGUGCAGGUAUGUUUCACAGAGGUGAAUACAAGGUGAGUGAUGUCAAAGAUUUCAUGAAGAAAGAUGGUCUUCUUGUCAGGAUUGAUGACACUCAAUUAGAUGUUUGA